ACUAAUCAGUAUUUUUGCAGCUAUCACACAGGCUAAAUUUGGCCACGAAAACGAAGUUAGAAUGGUUCUUCUUUUAAGACGUCAAUUAAUGUAACAGCAUAUAAUCAGAGAUAACCUGGGAGAAUAGAGUUUUCUUACAUUUGGUCCAACAUCGUGGAAACUCUUGGUGCAUUUUUGGUUCGCUAUCCUGCUAGUUUUCUCAUUCAUGAAGCUUUCAUCUUUUGUUGUACUUGCAUUGUUCUGUAGUUUAACUUAUGGACAGAACUAUGUAUCAUCCGUCGGGUCACGAAUGCUGAUGGCUAUGAUCAACCAGACCUUGUACAGAUCCCACCAUCUUCGUGUCAUAACAAUGAUGGCACUAAAGAAUGUGCAAUUAUGGAUGGAAGAAGGUAUUCAGUGUGCCAAUGUGCUUGUGACAAAACCGAUAGUACUCAUAAUUUUUACAAAAGUACUUUUGGAUUCUACRAUGGUAAUUGGAGAUGUGAGAAGAACAGUGCACUUCGUCGACGUUCAGGAUGCCAAUUAUCACUUGAUCAGAAGGGAAUAAAUGAUCCCAUCCUAACUGUACCAACGACGAUUACUGAUGGUAAUCACCUCAUAUCGAAUGUUACUAUGAAGAAACACAUAUCGAUCCCAGAAGAAGCAACGUGUUCUCURAAAGAUGGAAACUCGAUGUACUUAACAUGUUCUGGGAUGUGGAAAGAGCUGACAACUGCAUUAGUAACCAAAAGAUUCAAUUUACAUUUGAUUCAUAAUUGGAAGGAUAUAAACGUCGGGGUUGAGGUUGAUUACACAGAAGAUUCUUCUUACCCUCUGCCUAGUGGUCGUAUUAUCAAACUAGCGGUCACCUGUUCAGAUCGACCAUGGGAACCAUCUCAAUGUAUCCUCUUGAAAAUACAAGGACGACUUCAAUGUUCUGUGUCUCCACUUCUUUCUACCAGCCCACCGGCUCAACCACCAGUGCCGAUUCGCCCUACUUCUGUCCCGUCGAUGACAUCUCAAUCUCCAACAACAUCCUCUUAUCGGAAACCUGAAGGGAACAUCAGUGCGCCUAAAAAGGACUCCAGUAUCACUAUUACUAAUGGAUUAAUAAUAGGACUCACACUGGGCGGAGUUGCAUUAUUAGCUACAUUAAUAAUACUCAUAUUCUUCAUAAUCAGGCUCAGGAAAAGAAGGUAAUAUAACAAAUACGUGGUUGACUUAAAUUGUAAAUUGAUUGACUUCAACUACUUCCAUCGCGCUUGCUUCUAAACAAGAGUCUCUUCAAUCACGAUCAAGAAGAUUUGAUACAUGUCAUGUAAUGUGCACGUGGUCUAACGAGUCCAACCUUCAUGUCCUGUGUGGUAUAGAUGAUUGUGCGAAGACCUACAAAAAUCUUCUCUUUUACAGAAACAUCUGAUUCGCAAGCACUUCAUCACGAAAGAUACACAACACGAUUCAGAAAAUGACGAUCGACUCUGAAAGUGUUUGAGUGCACUAGAACAAGUGAAGCUGAUCUGACGAGCGAGGAGGGCCAAGCACUUUACCAUCGGUCCGAUCGGGCAGAGAAUGAACAAUUUGACCCACAAAAAAAAGCCCCAAAAAUGAAAACGGCAUAUGCUUUUUCCCUAGUGAAACUUAAAGAAAGGGGUCGAGUGCUACAGGCAAUCAUAGAUUUGUGUACGAUACGUCAGAGUUAAAAUUACUCUAGGGUCGUAUUAACGAAAGGAGUUGAAGCAACUCCCUUCAAUUUUACUCCAUAAAUAGAGUCAAACUUACUCUGGUUGUUUCCGUCAAACAUGAAUUAAAAACAGAUGGGUUUAUUUUUGCUAACUAAAAAUAGGCUUAAAUCUACUCCAGCAUUGAUAAUGUACUCUUUAUAGUAAUGUUCAACUGUUCAUCAUUUCCUAAGAGUUAAUCUUACUCUUGGAGGAAUACAAAUUACUCUUGGAAGCGUUAAAAUUACUCUCAUUGUAGAGUAGAUUU